GUGAGAGCAGCAGUGUCUGGCUUCUUGGCUAAGAUAACAUCAGCCACAAAUGUAUUCUUCAUAGUUAGCCUCUGCUAUGCUAACGAGCUGAAUGACUUCGUGGGAGCCGUGAAAAUGACACCGAGAUGACUCACCAGUGGCUUGGACAUCUGUGAUCCGACAGAAGAUGAGGCGAGCUCAGUUUGUCAGACCUGGCAUCGCUUUAGAUGAAGAUGAUGAUGGCUACUGUAGGCACAUAAAACACACAGACACGGGCAGCCGGCCGUAGGGGAAUCAUGUUUUUUUGCGCUUUUUGCUCAUCACGCUCACUAGAACGCUGACCAGAUCAAUUGAUUCACGUUUACGUCGCUUUUGGAUGGCUCUCGACAAAUAAAAAAAAAAAAAAACUCGCUGACCAUGUCGCUGGCGGAGCAGUCUCAGAAGUGGUUCCCAACCCAUGUCCAAGCCACUGUUCUUCAAGCCACCGGUUUACAGCCCAAGGGCAAAAAUGGCACCAACGAUGCCUACACGAUCAUUCAGCUGGGCAAAGAAAAGUACUCGACAUCAGUGGCGGAGAAAACGCUCAACCCUGUGUGGAGAGAGGAGGCGUCGUUCGAGCUGCCGGGUCUGCUGCUGGAGGGCAACCCGGAGAUCUAUGAGCUGUGCCUCAUCGUGAUGCACCGCUCCCUGGUCGGCAUGGACAAGUUCCUGGGGCAGAGGUCCAUCAACCUCAACGAGAUCUUCGAUAACAAGGAGCGAAGGAAAACCGACUGGUACUCCUUAGAGUCCAGGCCGGGGAAGAAGAGGAAGGAACGAGGCCGCAUCCAAGUCAGCAUCCAGUUCAUGAGGAACAACAUGACGGCCAGCAUGUUCGAUCUCUCCAUGAAGGACAAGCCCCGCUCGCCCUUCUCCAAGCUCAAGGACAAGAUGAAGGGUCGCAAGCACGACAGCGGCUACUCUGACACGUCUUCAGCCAUCCUGCCUCGCUCUGCCGUGUGCGACUCGGAGCCCAGCCGCCAGUCUUUUGCCCCAGAACCGCAACCUCAGCCCGAGGCCAAGGCUAAAAGGCCUCUGCUGGCUGGUUCCCAUAAGCUCUCUGCUGCCCAUUCCAUGUCAGACCUCAUAGGAACCCACUUUCGCCCCAAACUGGACUCCAUGAACUCCAUAGAGGAGAGCGGCAGCGCAGCCGCCCCUCACAGACGUUCCCAGAGCGAGGUGCCAGGCGAGGCACACGGUGACCCUUUCACUGAUAUCAGUGACACCCUGCCGCAGAAGUAUGCCACGCUCCCACGCAACCGCAACCCGUUUGAGGGGGAGCAGGGGCAGCUGUGGGACCGGGCGGAGAGGAAGGAGAAAAAGGAGAAGGUCAGCCUACUGGAACGCGUGACGGGAAAGAAGGACGGCCGCAAGACCAGCAACGGGGGGCGUUCGGGCAGCUCUGGGGACCUGCGCUCGCCCAACCCCUUCAGCGGUGACUCCCAAGCAGACACCAACCCCUUCAGCUCCAACUACAAAGCCAGUGAGAAAAAACCCACAGGUACUGAAGACGUCACCCAAGGCCGUAAGACCAAAGACAGCAGCGGCAAGAAAAAUGUAAGAAAGAAAGCAAAGCCAUCAUUCGGUACACAGAUGAUUUGUCAGGAGGCGACCCAGGAGAGCGUGGCUGCUUAUAGCAACUUAUCCUUUGAAGAAGUUGUGCAGGAACUCAUCAAGCAGAAAGAGGUGGUGAAAAAGAAAGACGCCCACAUUCGGGAGCUGGAGGAUUACAUUGAUAACCUGCUUGUGCGUGUCAUGGAGGAGACGCCGAGCAUUCUACGGACGCCCUAUGAGCCAAAAAGGAAGGCGGGUAAAAUUUCCAAAAAGUAGGGAGCAAAAGAAAAACAGGAUGAAGAGUUAAUAAUGAAGGCUUAGUGGUUACUCAUCUGUCAGUGAGAAAUAUUAGCAAAAUAAGUGGGAACAAAUGGGAUUGAUUAAUGCCAAAUUUAUGAUUGUUUAUUCCUUUUCCUUUAAAAAAACCAUUUUGUUCAAUGGAUGUAGUUUUUAUAUAGACAUGUUUUUAAUAUCUCAGCUUUUUUAGUUUAUAUGCAGUUUUUUUUGUUUGUUUGUUUUUUUUUAGACAAAAUUCAUCCCAUGAUUAGGUUGUGUUUCAAUAGGUUUUGUAGUAUUAUUAUUUUUAUUCAAUGAAUGAAGGGGUGUGUCAUGAGACCUUCCAAAACAGUAGAGAAACAGUCACUCUCAGAUUAAAUGUGUUUUCUGCACAUGGUUGAAACUGCACACACGAGGUUAGCACCCGCUCUCGGGCUGGUGGAAAUCUCAACGCCUUCAUUACCGUCUUAAAAAUCUCAUGGCUUUUUUUUUUUUUUUUUUUUUUUUUUUUUUUUUGGCUAUCUGUGCUAGUGCAUUUUUAGGUACUGAACCAAGACGACUUUCAUCAGUGGAUUCAAGUCAAAGCAAAUCCAUAGUUUUCACAAAAAUUAGGCUUAGGUGUGUCGUAUCCACUUGUGAACUCAGACAGGCCCCCGUUUGCAAACACAGCUGCCAUCUUGUAUUCAGCCCAGAAGCUCUUAACGUGUGAAUGUAGCCAAAUUUAUGUUUACCAGAUGCUGUUGUAGCAGUUGCGUGCUGUUUGCUGAAAGAUGUCAGUGGUCAGGCGGUUGAUAAGAUGGAGCUGUAAUUACUGUGUUUACACUUAAGCACAAGUCUUAAAAUUGCUACCCAAACUACAGAACACACUUCGCCAGUCAGUAUCAGCCUCGCCUGGGUUUCUUCCUCAGCCUCGUCUAAUGCUGCAGAUGUGGGAACGCUCUGCUCCUCGCGCCACAUCGCCCCAAAAGACUCAAAGGUAUUCUUAGACUGUAACACAGUUAGAGUAAGAAACUGCUGUCUGGUGGUCUGCUUUCCGUCAGGCAUACCGAGUCACUUCUUC